ACCUAUAAAUCCUGCUCUUUUUUAGGACAAGCCUAACAUCCUCUAGAAAUACAAAUAAAGCCCAAUAAACAAAUAAAACUUCUAAACAACUUAUGUAUACUUUAUUAGCUGAUUCCGUCUCUGUCGUGACCGAGUGCUUUUUGUGAAUCUCUGCAAGGUUAUAUUGUUUUGGAAAUAGAAUGAGCUCAUACGUUGGAAAGUCGUUUUCUAAGCAAACGCAAGACGCCUCCUCUUGUAGAAUGCACACUUUUGGCAACUAUGGAGCUCACUCUGAGUUCCACGAGUCCAAUUACGCGUACGAAGGACUUGAUCUCGGCGGAUCGUUCAGUUCUCAAAUCCCCUCCAACUCUUUGAAACGGGAGGCGAUAAACACAACCGACCGUGCAAGGAGCAGUGCAGCAGUUCAGCGAACACAGUCCUGUUCAGCUCCGGGCUCUCGUAGCUUUGUAAGCACUCACGGGUACAACCCCCUAAGUCACGGACUGUUGAGCCAAAAAGCCGAGGGGAAUAUGGAAGUUAUGGAGAAGCCCAGCGGCAAGAGCCGCACAGACGAUAUCAAAAUGGAGACUACUUCAGCGAUUAAGCAACAAACUAAUUCGACUCAGCGACAGAACCAGUCGCAGCCGCAGAUAUAUCCGUGGAUGACAAAGCUACACAUGAGCCACGAAUCUGAUGGUAAAAGGUCACGAACCAGUUACACCCGGUACCAGACUCUGGAGUUGGAGAAAGAGUUCCAUUUCAACCGAUACCUCACACGUCGCAGACGUAUCGAGAUUGCCAAUAACCUCUGCUUGAACGAGCGCCAAAUUAAAAUCUGGUUCCAGAACCGUCGCAUGAAGUGGAAGAAGGACUCAAAGUUGAAAGUGAAAGGAGGACUAUAAUAACGUGGUGUACGGCUUCAGCUUGAAAAUAAAGGCAGUGUUAAGUUGUACUGAAACAACAAACGAUUUAAAAUAGAUUUUCUUGUUGACAACAGUUGGUGUCUUUCAUUUGUCUACAAUAUCAUGUUGUUAUGUGAAUAUGUCCAUAUUUUCAAUAUUUAUUGAUAGUGCUCCCUCCCCUGAGUGCAGGAGGUGCUUAUUUGAAUAAUGUAUGAGCUUAAACUUUAUUUGAAUAUGCUUUACUAAAAUCAUUUGUAUCAAUAACCUACAUAAUAUACCAAGGCCUGCAUCCAGUUACGUUGACUUAAAUGUAAGUGCAAAUAAUGUGGUGCUUUGCUUGAACAUUCAUCAAUUUGCCCAUUGCAUUUUGGUUUUUGAUGGGACUUGUCUUUUUAUCCAUUGUACUUUCUGUCGUAAAUACAUCUAUACAACUAUGAUAUCCACACAAGGAUGGUAAACCGCACGCCAUUAUGAUAAUGCAACAACUAUAGUGUCAUAUUAAUCGCUGUGUAUCAUGUUGUCUGUCAGCCAGCAGCCAAAUGGUAAUUUUCUCUUGACAAUUAUGUCUGUUUAAAUACUGUGCAAACAGAACAUUUUGUUUUUUUACUGACUAUGUUUUUGGGGGCUAUUUUUUUCAGGCAGGUACCUUGACUUUUGUUUCUAUACACUGUACACUUAAGGAGCAUAUAUAGGGCAUCCUGUAACGACUGUAAGGAGUGGCUUAUUGAUACCUCUCAUACCAAACAAGCUACACGGCCUACUUUUGUGUGAACCGCAUUUGUUCUAUGAUCCAUUAUUUCUGUUAUUCCAACAGUUUGUUUUCGAAGUUUCACUGUUAAGCCACAUCGAUAGUUUUCCAGUCAGUAAUGUAUUAUUACAGUAAUAAGAUUAAAUUGUCAAUAGUGGUAACAUAUCAGAAAGUUUCCCCACUUCUGGGUUAAAAGCCAUCUGUGUCCAAUAAAACGUCCAAUGUGGUAUCAUUGUAAAUAAACUUGAUUAACCGUAAAGAAUAUCCUAUUGUUAACAUUAUUAUUUUUUUGUCUGUUGAAGCAACAGGAACAAAAAAAUGAGUCUUUCUUUACACAAUGCAUUCGUGCACUCAAGGCCCGUUUGAUAAAUCGAGCAGAGUUAAGAGAGGAAAUGGUUCUGCGCGAAUUUAAUAUGAUUUUGAUCAACAUUCGUGCGUCCAUCGAGGACCAAGUCUGAAUGUGUAUACUUCCACUGAUGAGACAUGAUUGAGCUUUAACGCUCUGGUCACUUAUUUACAGUAGCCCUUAAACGGAGGCACAUAAAACUUUAUGACCCCAAUAAACUUUUACAGCACUUCCUCUCACCCAUCACACACUGACAACUGUUUCCUUUUUUAACAGAUCGGCGGAAGUUUACACAAACAUUUCAAAGUGACGUUUUGGUACACAGAACUCAUAAAAACAAUAAGAUAGUUUACACAUACUGUCCAACUAAAUUAUGAAUGCACGAAUUAUUUUUCGAAAAUGCACUUGCAGUAUGAUACAACAGCGUUAUUAAUCGUCCAUCGUGUGAAGCACAUAAUUAAAGACGUUAAGAGUGAAUUGCUAAUGCUACUACAUUAUUGUUGAAAUUUGUCAUUUAGAUAAUGAGACAUAUGAUGUCAGUCACCCUAUGCGCCGAAAUCAGGCCCGUGUCAAGCAAAGGACACAAGAGCGUUGCCCGCGUGUACAAAAUGCAAAUUUUAGACUCGUUCUACAGGCUCCUUUCCUGUUUGUUUGACAUAUUUUAGUUUUUAAUUCAUGCCUUCUCCGCGCUCGAUGUAACUUAUUGGAAAUGCCACGGAACAUUUUAAUCUAUAUAUUUCUAUAUAUAUAUAUAUAUAUAUAUAUAUAUAUAAUAUAUAUAUAUGUAUGUAUGACCGUUAACAUUAUAUAUGCACACUAAUCUGAAAAUAAAAACAGGCAGCUAGUCAAUUUAUACUACUGUUUCAAAAGUGCUUUCAUUUUAGAAUCAUCUCACUCACCUAUAUUGGAGAUUCAAUGUAAAUUUCCACGCUUCUUUCAAUUUCUACACUCGCUAUCUUGACCGAAUGGGCCACAUUGCGAGUUACUGUGGUUGCUAUGUUGCUUUUUACACAAACCCCUCUUUUUUUAGCUCUCUUGCCACGUAUUUUGAAGUUUUGAGGGUUAUUUAUGCCAAUUGCCCAAAGCAGGACCAGUGAGUGGUGCAGGAAGAGCACGUGGGGUCAUUAAAGUGGGUUUUAUGGCCUGCAAGACCUGACAAACCCUCAAUAUAUUUACAUCAUAUAUAAUGUUAACUGUCCGUAAUCGCAGCUGUUGGCUAGUCUUAUCUCUGAGAGAACGGCUUAGAGCCUGUUAGUGUGGGUUACUCGCGUCAGGGUCUGUAGAAGUUCGACUCUCCCAAAUGGAUCCCAGGCGGUUGCAGUAAGUUAAUAAUCUUGUUUUCCUCUAUUUAAUUAAAUAUGUACUUUCCUCCGCAACACCCUCGGGAAUUAAUCAAGGAUGUAAUUUAAUAGUUCAUGGAGAAAUUGUGUCAAGUGAUGCGCCAAUGUGUCCUCAUCUGUUCAGUUUUGAUCAAUUUCAAAGGUCUAGAGUGUACGCUUGUGCAUUUGUAUAUUACUGUUAAUUUGGCAUUGAUAUAGAAUUAUUGUUCUGGCAAGAGCUUCAAAUCUAAUUCUGUAGAUCAUGAUUCGUAUGUACUCAAAAAAGCAUCUUAAAAGCAUUGUACAUGUGUAAAAACUUUUGCCUUGGAUCGUAAUUUAUAUGCACCUAAGUAUUUGCGAUCUGGUAUCACAGAAUGUGCGUAUAUAAAAAUACCCCACUUUUGUAUGUCGAAAAGUGCUUAGUUUGUGCCUAGGAUACGUAUGUUGUGUUAAAAUUGAAGGUGAAGGACUGUGAGAAGCUGAUCUUGUAUUGGUUUGCAGAUGAGAGCGCAGAACAUAGAUCUUUAGAUCGGACAUAAUGUGGGGUCAUGUGCAGGGCAGAGAAGAUGUGGUGUUGUGUGGUGGGGUCAUGUACAGGGCAGUGAGGAUGGUGAGGUAGAGUCACAUGAUUAACCAAAAAAAAAAAAAAAAAAAACUGAAAUGACUAAAUUGUUCAAAGGCAAAUGAGCAAGUAUAUUUUAUACAA